AAAUUCGCCUCCACCGCAACAGGUCUAAACCGCCUGGGCUAACGCGACGGGCCGAAGAAGACGCUUCUGAAGAGCAGCAGCCGAAGAGACCAGUGAGUGACAUUGACUCCGCGAAGAAACACGCACCGUCAACCAAUCGCGAAAAAGUUUGUUAGCCCCUGCAUCUGAGCAAGUUCAGAAAUCCAUUCGAAAGAUCGCAUUAACAAGCUGGCAUGCAGUUACUGUACUUAAUUAUAACAGGAAUCGUCCUCCAGAUAUGCUACGCAGGUGACGAUGGAACCGGCGAAUCGGAUGGAGACACUUCGAGAAAAAUUCUCGGCUCCAGUGUGGUAACCUCCGUAUCAGUGGUGAUGGACACCGCCAAUAAGAAGCACACCAUUUUCACGGAUGCAAUCGGGAGGCCUCAAUCCAAACCCAGCAAUCCAUCAGAACUGGCCAGUCCCAUCGACCUCCUCAAUCCUGAUCGCUACGAGUUCUACACCUUUGACGAUCAUGGCGAUCUGGUGAAACGCCUGAUGUCUUUGGAGGAAAUCCGCAGUAUAAUUGCAACUGGAGAUGGCGACGUUCUUGAUCUCGACUCCUUCACAUCGCAAGAUUUCCUUCCGGAAAAACGCGUCAGCGACGUUGUAACCAACGUCCAAAGCGUGGUCAAGGAUGAAAUGGAGGUCCUGAAGGACUCGCUAACCAAACCCAUGUUUGAUACUCCCGAUGUGAGCGACUCUUGGAGCAUGAUCCUACCGGCUGUAUUCGGGAAUUCUGGCGAAGACAUCAAGCCUGAACGGCCAAUUGGUUUUGUCACCCCUGAUACCAUCAUGUUGGAGCCGUCCAGUGCUGCCAGCACUCGAAGGCCCGUCACUUUGUCCACUCCCAUUUAUUACAGCAGCUCCUCACCUUUGCUUACCACUAGAUCCGCAACUGAGCCAGCGAUCAAUGUGCAGAUUAUUGCGAACAGUGAAGCUGAAGGCCCAGGAGCAGCUGACCAUGUUGCGCUGCAGACAAGUGAAGCGCCCACCAGAUCUACAGUCCCUCCACGAACCAGCGCGGCCCUAGUGCGCACCUCCACCGCCACUCAACAGGCUCCGCCCACAACAACACCAAGUCCACCAUCGACAUCUUCAACCUCCACCACUCUGCAACCAAUCACAAGCACGAAAGAGCCCACAAAGACUACAAGCGCCUUGAAACCUCUCCCCAACAUCUUCGGCCUGCCUCCGUUGGAGACCUUCAGGCCGCCCACCACGUCCACACACCCACCCCGCCCCACUCACAACAUUUUCGGGUUGCCCCUCACCAGCUCUACGCUUCCACCGCUGUCCUCCACUCCUCCUCAAAAUAAAACCGAAUAUCCCACGCAAGCAACCACUUGGAGGCCCACGCCUGGGCUGUUCAGCGCGUUUAAAGAAAUGCUGGCGCAAACUACUACUCAUAUGGAGCCGGAGGAGGCCACAACUACCACCAAUUGGGAGACGACAGAGCUGCCCACCACUACUGAGCAGGAAACGAAAAUGCCGCCCCUUCUGAGCGCUCUGGACGAGGCCCAGAAGCUGUCCGCCUCCGAAAUGCUCAACAAUCUGCUGUGGACGACCAAUAUUUACGAAAUCAACACCGAGUUGGCUGCUGCGCAGCCCAAUGCCUCGCUAGUGGAGCCGGAUCAGCGCUUUGACACGUCUGAUAGCGCUUCAGAAGUGCAAACGACCACUCUGGAAGGCUUGGAGACAUCCACUCAGUCUCCCAGCGAAACUUCUUUCUCGACUUUAACACCUGUUAGUAACGAUGUUGGUUUAGCAGCGACUACAGAAGAUGGGGAGUUGACUGAAGCUGCGCCCACUGAAGAGGAGGGCACGGAUCUGAGUAGGCAGGAGGACAUUGAGUUGGGCACCUCCACAACAACAGAACUGCCCACCUCCAGCCCUCUGGAGGCCGCUAGCAACCUCAACAGCUCAGUGGAGCAGCUGCUGGCCCAAGUGAAUAACCAGCCGGCCGCUCUGAGCGGCUUUCAGUUCACUGAGGCUCAGAGCGCCUCUACUCAGCAGCAGCAGGAGACAACCACCUACUACUACGUGGUCAUGACUAAAUCAAAGCCCGCCAAGGCGGACCUCAGCUUGGAACAAGCCAUUAUUGCCGAGGAGAUGAAGAAUGCGUCCCUGGUGCAGCUGGAGGUUGCAACUGAGACCAUUCAGAAUAGCUCUGAAGCCCCCACCAGCACUCAGGAAGAGAGUGAGGCUACAACUACUGAAGGGUUCACUACGGAGGGUUCCACACAGGAAAUCGCAACUAAGACCAUUCCCAAACCUUCGAUAGUCAUCACGGUGAACCCGAAUGGGACUUUGGUCACCGAAAGUGGACACCUGGUGGCCAACCACUCGUUGUCCAACCCAAAUUGGACCUUGGUGUCCACCGUAGCCCCCCAGCAGGCUUUGAACCUGCCGCCCCCUACUCUGCCCUAUCCAGAGGCAGUGGCUCCUAAUCCAGUGGACCUGGAGGCAAAACCAAUGCAAGGCUUCGGGCUGGAAGAGAGCACCGCCUCUUUGGAUGUGGACGUGCAUCAGUUCAUCCAGCUGUGCAACGAACUGGCCUUCGGGUUCUGGAAAACGGUAACGACAGGCCUGAGUUCGGCCCGAAGCGUUUUUGUGUCGCCCUUCGCCGCCACCUCCAUGCUAGCGAUGGUGUUCCUAGGCGCCAAAGGAUCCACCUCCGAAGAAAUGAACGAGAUCCUCAAGCUGGAUGACAUGGUAACCUUCAAUCCGCAUCUCACCUUCAAGGGGGUGAGCGAGUCGCUGACUAGUGAGCCGGGGUCGGGAGUGGCCACCACCGCCAUCAUCAGGGAGUUGUUCAGCGACCGCAGCAAAGGCAAGCUGCUGGACUUUUACAAGAAUAGAGUGAGGGCGUUUUAUGAUGGGUUUGUGGAGGAGGUGGGAUAUCGGGAGAUUGGGGACGUGAUCCGGCGCAGGUCCAAUCUGCUGGUGAAGAAGUUGACCAAUGGCAAGUACCCGCAGUUCUUCGGCGACGCCUCCAUCACCGCCCGUCCCCCUCUUAGUGGAGUGAGCAUCAACAUUUUCGAAACCGAUUGUUCGCAAACUGCAACCGAAGGCCGCGACGGCGAGCUCCAUUUCAUAGUCUUCCCAUCCAUCAAGCAGCGCCGUUUGGUUCCCGUACCAGCUGUAGUUUACAAGGCCGGGUUCCUGGCUGGAUACGAGCCCAGUCUGGACGCCACCGCAGUCUCCAUUGGGGGAAAGGACCAAGUGGUGAGCACCAUCCUGGUGAUCCCCGGCCAGCAAGGCAUUGCCGCCCCUGGAGACGGUUUGGCCAGGCUGGAAAAGCGCCUGGUGGAGAGCUCCUUCAAAAAAGGCGCUUGGUCCAGACUGCUGCGCUCCCUGAUCCCGCGGCCGGGGCUGGAGGUGCAAAUUCCUCGGUUCUCCCACAAGUCGGUCAUCAAUGCCACCCACACGCUGCAGCGCAUGGGGCUGCACCAGCUCUUCAAUCCUGCUACUGCUGAUCUGCGCGGCCUGAAUGGCGUGGCAAACGAGCUGCAUCUGUCGGAUGUGCUGCAGGUGAAUCAGUUCGCCACCUGUGGGGAGAAGCGGUCAGAGGACGCGCACCAUUCCGAAGUGUAUCCUGCUACCACUGUGCGCGCCAGGUCGGCCAGACGUUUGGAUUACAUCCCGAUUGGGGAGCAGGAUGAGCCGCGCGACUACCAGAGGGCGUUCCAUGAUCCCCUACAUGAUCCCUCCCUUCUGAAGCUGCCUCUGAAUCUACGGCCGCGCCAGGCCAGAAUCCCAGAGGUGCCUCGGCUGCGCUUCGAUCGGCCUUUCUUGUACUUUGUGCGGCACAACCCCACGGGGCUCAUUCUGCACAUGGGGCGGUUCAACCCCCGGCUGCUUCCAUGAGGGGACGGACCGCGCCUCUACUUAGUGGGUAAAUUAGUAAAUUAUUGGUAGGCCACUUUGGAGCGUCCGGCACAAGAAGACUGUAAAUUCAUUCAUUUGUAUGCUUAAUUCCGCCCGCUGGGGCGGAAUUGUGAUUGUAAAUAACGCAAAAUUACUUAGGUUAGGCUUUAUGUUAAGGGCAACUGAUUGUAAUUUAUUGAAGUAAUUUCUAAUAAAUGAAAUGUGUGGGA